UCGAGAGGGCCAGUAUGUUGGUGAUCCUGCUGAACUGUGUUACUCUAGGGAUGUUUCACCCUUGUGAGGACAGCCUCUGUGACACGGAGCGAUGCAAGAUCCUGAAGGACUUUGAUGACUUCAUCUUUGCUUUUUUUGCAAUUGAGAUGGUAAUCAAGAUGUUUGCACUGGGCAUCUUUGGGAAAAAGUGUUACCUUGGAGACACCUGGAAUCGACUAGACUUCUUCAUUGUGCUGGCUGGGAUGCUGGAAUAUUCUCUCAACCUGCAGAAUGUUAGUUUCUCUGCCGUCCGCACAGUCAGAGUUCUUCGACCUCUUCGGGCUAUCAACCGAGUGCCUAGCAUGAGAAUCUUGGUGACGCUUCUGCUGGACACUCUCCCCAUGCUGGGCAAUGUGCUGCUGCUUUGCUUCUUUGUUUUCUUCAUCUUUGGGAUUGUUGGGGUUCAGUUAUGGGCCGGCCUCCUUCGCAACCGCUGCUUUCUCCCUGAAAACUUCUCCCUUCCUACCAGUCUACACCUGCACAACUAUUACCACACAGAGAACGAUGAUGAAAACCCAUUCAUCUGUUCUCAGCCACGGGAGAAUGGCAUGCGUAUGUGCAACGCCAUCCCGAUGCUCCACAAGGAGGGCCUACAAUGCCAGCUGGACAUGGCAGCUUACAAUAACACAGACAACACCACCUGUGUCAACUGGAACCAAUAUUACACCAACUGUUCUGCCGGCGAGGCUAAUCCCUUCAAGGGGGCCAUAAACUUUGACAACAUUGGUUAUGCCUGGAUUGCCAUCUUUCAGGUUAUUACUCUGGAGGGAUGGGUGGACAUCAUGUACUUUGUUAUGGAUUCUCACUCCUUCUACAAUUUCAUCUACUUCAUCCUCCUGAUCAUAGUGGGCUCAUUCUUCAUGAUUAACCUUUGUUUAGUUGUCAUAGCGACACAAUUCUCUGAGACCAAGCAAAGGGAGAGUCAGCUUAUGAAGGAGCAGAGAGUACGCUUCAGGUCCAACGCCAGCACACUUAAUAGCUUCUCCGAGCCUGGAAGCUGUUAUGACGAGCUGCUGAAAUACCUGGUCCACAUCAUUCGCAAGGCCAGCAGGCAUAUUGGGCACCUCAUCCGUGCUGCCGGUCGGCGGGCGGGCCUCAGGGUCUGUGCCUCUCCACCGCUGGAACCACCACCCACUAAAAGACGUCGGCAGAAGCAGCGGCAGGGGUCCAUUCGCAAUGUCUUGCACCAUCAACACCAUCACCUUCACCACCAGUAUCAUUUGGGCAAUGGGAGUGUCCGAACGGAGGUGGACUCAGCAGGUCCACUUAUUAUCCCUCAGCAGGACCCCUGCUCUCCAUUUCCAGUGUCACUGGGACCCGCCAGUGCCGAAUCUCUGAACAGUGUCUUUCAAACUCCAGACCAUCGCGAGCUGCUGCGCUAUGGGCCAUCACCUUCUCCCACAGUGCUCCUGGCAUACAAGAGGAAUUCAGUGCCAUUUGCAGCUCAAGUCCAUAAGAACUAUCCCACGUUACAGUCAUCUCUGUCAUUAGAGCAGCUCAGACAAAGAAUCCUUGAGCCAGGAGGAGGCAGCUGCACAGCUAGUAUCCUUACCAACCUAAACAUCCCCCCAACUCCUAUCAGCACCUCCCAGUGCCUGGUAGAGACAAAAUGUCCUCCAGGCAAGAUCAUCUGCAAGGAUGCCCCCACAAACUGCAGUUGCACAAACUUGGACACCACUUUGACCUUUGAUCCCGAGACAUGUCCUUAUUGUGCUAAAUUGAUGAGCAAUGUGUCAGAGGGAAUGGAUGUGAAUGAGACGGCAGACUCUGACAGUGAGGGAGUGUAUGAGUUCACUCAGGAUGCCCAUUAUCGGGACAGCAGAGAUCCCAACAGGAAGAAGAAGUUUGCAUUAGGAGCUCGGGCAGCGAAGGUGGUGCUUUUCUGGAGGCUGGUGUGUGACACUUUCCGCAAGAUUGUGGACAGCAAGUACUUUGGAAGAGGAAUAAUGAUCGCCAUUCUCAUUAACACACUCAGCAUGGGCAUUGAGUACCAUGAGCAGCCUGAUGAGUUGACGAACGCUCUGGAGAUCAGUAAUAUUGUCUUCACCAGUCUGUUUGCUCUGGAAAUGCUUCUGAAACUGCUGGUCUAUGGCCCUUUUGGAUAUAUCAAGAACCCCUACAAUAUCUUUGAUGGCAUUAUUGUAGUAAUCAGCGUGUGGGAGAUUGUUGGUCAGCAGGGAGGAGGUUUAUCAGUGCUGAGGACCUUUAGGCUCAUGCGGGUGUUGAAGCUGGUCCGCUUCAUGCCGGCCCUGCAGAGGCAGCUGGUGGUCCUGAUGAAGACCAUGGACAAUGUUGCCACCUUCUGCAUGCUACUUAUGCUCUUCAUAUUCAUUUUCAGUAUUCUAGGCAUGCACCUGUUUGGAUGUAAAUUCAGCUCUGAGAGUGAUAGAGACACCCUUCCUGACCGCAAGAACUUUGACUCUUUAUUGUGGGCCAUUGUCACAGUUUUUCAGAUUCUGACUCAGGAGGACUGGAAUAAGGUACUGUAUAACGGGAUGUACUCCACCUCUCCUGUUGCUGCUCUGUACUUCAUCGCCCUCAUGACUUUUGGAAACUAUGUCCUGUUCAACCUCUUGGUGGCUAUCUUAGUGGAAGGAUUCCAGACAGAGGGUGAUGCCUCAAAGUCAGACUCUGAAGUGGAUUUCUAUGCACGAAGCUUGGAUGAUGUUUCUGGACAAAAAAGGGAUCCAUCUGCAUCAUCUGUUGUGCCCAUCAAUGGCCAUGUGGACCUAAAGACCAGCCUGACCCCUCCUCUUAUCACUCAUACGGCUGCGACACCCAUGCCCAUUCCCAAGAUAUCAGGAGGAGGUGACCCAGCACUUGGCUAUGAGUCUCGCAGAGGCAGCAAUGUCUCCAUGGAUCCCAGUUGCCAAGAUAAAUCUCUGUCAAGUGCACGGAGUUCCCCUAAUGCCCCCUGGAGUUCAGCUAGCAGCUGGAACAGCAGGCGCUCUAGCUGGAACAGUCUUGGCCGAGCCCCCAGCCUGAAGAGGCAAAAGAGACAAUCUGGUGAAAGGAGGUCCUUGCUUUCCGGUGACGGCCAGUCCAGUUCAGAUGAGGGCGAUGCUGGAGAGAGUGGGGGUGGGGAGGGUAUGUCUGAGGGCGAUGAUACCUCCCUUGCCAGGACGAACUCUGUGGGCCAGAGGCCUCAGCACUGGCGCGUGGAGUCCCUGGAGACCCGCAGUUCUUUUGAAAUACCUCCAGACACCCUGCAGGUACCAAGCGUGCAUCGCUCUGCCAGCAUACACAGUACCCGGCCACCCAACUUCCUUAGCAACGGCAAGAGUUCCCCUUCCGCAGGCACCACGCAACUCUCUCUAGACGAGCAUCACACUGACGAUGAUAAUGCAGAUGAUGAAGGAAACCUGAGUCGCAAGGAUCGUCUCUUCCGCUGGUUGGACCAUAAGCAGCCUGAAUGGUGUCGACAGAGGGCCACCUGGUCCCUUUACCUGUUCACACCUCAGUCAAGAUUUCGUGUGACAUGCAACAAGAUCAUCUCUCACAAGAUGUUUGACCAUGUGGUUCUUGUCAUCAUCUUUCUCAACUGCAUCACCAUCGCCAUGGAGAGGCCCAGAAUCGAUCCCUCCAGCGCUGAGCGCAUCUUCCUCACGCUGUCCAAUUACAUCUUUACCGCCAUCUUUGUGACCGAAAUGACUGUAAAGGUGGUUGCCUUGGGCUGGUGUUUGGGGGAGAAGGCCUACCUAAAGAGCAGCUGGAACAUACUGGAUGGCAUGCUGGUGAUGAUCUCAGUGAUUGACAUCCUGGUAUCCCUGAUCUCCAAUAGCGGCACGAAGAUUCUGGGGAUGCUGCGGGUGCUACGGUUACUGAGAACACUGCGACCCCUCAGAGUGAUCAGCAGAGCUCCAGGACUGAAGCUAGUGGUUGAGACAUUGAUGUCGUCACUGAAACCUAUCGGUAACAUUGUGGUCAUCUGCUGCGCCUUUUUCAUCAUUUUUGGCAUCUUGGGAGUUCAGCUCUUCAAAGGAAAGUUCUUUGUGUGUCAUGGGGAGGAUACAAAGAACAUCACCAACAAGUCAGAUUGCCUCCUGGCCAACUAUAAAUGGGUCAGACACAAGUACAACUUUGAUAACCUUGGGCAGGCUCUGAUGUCCCUUUUCGUUCUGGCUUCCAAAGACGGCUGGGUAGACAUAAUGUAUGAUGGUUUGGAUGCUGUCGGUGUUGAUCAGCAGCCUGUUAUGAACUACAACCCAUGGAUGUUGCUCUAUUUCAUCUCCUUCUUGCUGAUCGUGGCUUUCUUCGUGCUCAACAUGUUCGUCGGUGUGGUGGUUGAGAACUUUCACAAGUGCCGUCGACACCAAGAAGCAGAAGAAGCCAAACGGCGUGAGGAAAAGCGCCUUAAACGCAUGGAGAAAAAAAGAAGGAGUAAGGAGAAGGAGCUAUCUGAAGCCCAGAGUAAACCCUAUUACUCUGAUUACUCACCCACACGGCUUAUCAUCCACAAGAUUUGCACCAGCCACUAUCUGGACCUCUUCAUCACAAUUGUCAUCGGGCUCAAUGUCAUCACCAUGUCCAUGGAGCACUACCAACAACCCAAGGUACUGGAUGAAUCUCUGAAGAUCUGUAACUACAUUUUCACCAUAAUAUUUGUGCUGGAGUCCGUCUUCAAGCUUGUCGCCUUUGGGUUUCGCCGGUUCUUCAAGGACAGGUGGAACCAGUUGGAUCUUGCCAUUGUGCUAUUGUCUAUCAUGGGCAUAACUCUGGAGGAAAUUGAGGUCAAUGCUUCCCUUCCCAUUAACCCCACUAUAAUUCGCAUCAUGAGAGUUCUACGGAUCGCUCGUGUGCUAAAGUUACUAAAGAUGGCCGUGGGAAUGCGAGCUCUGCUUGACACUGUGAUGCAAGCCCUGCCUCAGGUGGGGAAUCUGGGUCUUCUCUUCAUGUUGCUCUUCUUCAUCUUUGCAGCUUUGGGAGUAGAGCUGUUUGGUGACCUGAUAUGUGAUGAGCUUCACCCCUGUGAAGGUCUUGGCCGUUACGCCACAUUCAAGAAUUUUGGCAUGGCUUUCCUCCUGCUGUUCCGCGUUUCCACCGGGGACAACUGGAAUGGCAUUAUGAAGGACACACUGCGAGACUGCUCCCAGGACACGGGCAUCUGCUACAACACGAUGGUUUCCCCCAUUUACUUUGUGUCCUUCGUGUUGACAGCUCAGUUUGUGCUGGUCAAUGUGGUGAUCGCUGUGCUUAUGAAGCAUCUGGAGGAAAGCAACCAAGAGGCCAAGGAGGAGGCGGAGAUGGAAGCUGAGUUGGAGCUUGAGACUCUAGGUGGAUCUGGAGGAAUGUACAGAGGGCAUUUGCCACCUCCAGGGCCGGGAGUCGUGGGUGGUCCAGGGGGGUCACCAGGGAUCUCCAGAGACUCUCAAGAGCUGUCGGGACCUGUGUAUCCCACAGACAGCCCACCAACAGACAUACAGAGAAACUCAGAAGAUCACAUCAAGGCAGAUCCUGAUCCUCCUAAUAGUAUGGCACCACCAUUAGAGAGGAGACCUAUGUUAGACUCAGUUUCCCUGGUGAUCCAGGGCUCACUGGAAGGAGAGCUCAGCAUCAUGGACAACCUGUCUGGCUCCAUCUGCCACUACUACGCUCUGCCCCCACUUCCCAGCAAGCACCACACAGAGAAACAGAUUCCUCUAGCCGAGAUGGAGGCUCUGUCUCUGGCAUCGGAGAAAUCCUGGUCCUUAGCUCUGACGGAUGACUCUGUCCCAGACGAUUUUAACCCCCUCUUAUUAACCAGUCAGGAGUGCAAUAACACAGCUCCACCAGAUCCCACAGACCUCCAGGAGUCAGGCAAGCCAACGGAUGAGCACCUGUUGUAUGUGAAGAAGACCUCAGUGGGCCGUACACAUUCUCUGCCCAAUGAUAUCUACAUGCUGCAGCCCAACUCAACAAACAAUAUCCACACAACCUCACCUCACCUAGCUCAGACAGGUUCUACUGGCUCUGUCCAAUCUCAAACAGAAGAACCCACCCAGCACCUGACUGUGCCCACCAAUCUGUUCCGACCAAUCAGUCCUCGUAGUCUCUCAGACUCAGAGAGCAUCCCUCGAAUCCCCCCACCUCGCCGGGCACACAUGCUUUCACGCACCCUACGCAGACAGGUGGCAGUGAGUGCCGACUCUCAGGAGACUCUGUACACAGAGGGAGGGGGAAAUGAGGGUCCUUUGGGGCUCCGGGAACUAUCUGACCCCCCUGUCAUCAUCCAACCUCAGCAGCAGCAGUACCAGCCCUCACUCUUUCUGGUUCCCGCCACACCAGGUGCCUCUCCAAAACCCUCACGAUCUAGCGUGCACACGCAGCACAAUCCCUACGACCAGUGCAACAUCUUCUCCAGACACGCCCACUCUCCACCAAUACAUCCGCACCCAUCAGCCUCCAGGCCCCCUGUAAAGCAGGAAGAAAUGGACUCAGUGGACCAGGAGGUGUCCCUUAUUGUCAGGACCGGGCUUGCAUGCAGGAGCGACGAUGGGAUUGGCGGAGGAAUGGGAGAUGUAGGUGUAAGUAGGAGUAAUCUUAAGAAGUACCACAGUGUGGAUAUUCAGGGCCAGCGAGUGUUGCUGUUACUGCGGCCCUUGUCCUGGCUAGACGACCCACGCCGACACUCCAUAGAGGUAUGCUCGUCUGUGGAUAGCAGUCCCCAAAGCAGUUCCAUCUCCUCCGGCUUUGUCUCACGAGGGGACAGCAUCCAGCAACAGCAGUCCUCGCCACGCACCCGCAAGAAGAAGAUGAGUCCCCCGUGCAUCUCCGUGGAUCCGCCAGAAGGACUGGAGCAUCCAGGGGGCUUUAAUCCAGCUCUGGCUAUGGUGCCACCCCCGCUGCCAAGCAGGGACACUUGCCUGAGGAGGCGAGCUCCCUCCAGUGACUCCAAGGACUCUUUUGAUUUGGGUGGAGGAGGAGACGGGCUGCCUCAAGAGGGAGUUCCGAACUCCAAGCUAUUGACUCUGCCUAGCUUCUCUUUUGAGAAAGCAAGCAAUGAGCACUGAACACUUGACUCAUGUGCACACAAUUACACACGCACACACCCAACACGCACACAACACACAAUGCACUCUGUUUAUCUGUGAUGGUAAUAAUAAUAGUAAUAAUAUUCUUAGAGAGUAAUAAUCCUAAAUGCAACAGUGGUGAAUACUCCAUGAUCAUGAGGAAUAGUAUCUAUACCUUGUAUUUUCUUUCUCUACUGCCAAAAGGAAACAAAAGGAAUUUGUGCUGAAGAGUAAACAAGCUAAUAAUGGGACACUCUCUCUCUUCUCAAAGACGCAAAAAGACAUCUGUUGGCAACCUCAAGACUUCCCUUUGGAAGUCAGUACAGAGUACCUUCUGGUCAUUGUGAAAACUUCAAAGCACUAUCUUGAUGCUGAACUCCACAAAGGGAACGGAUGAAGGUUCAAAGCAAUAUGAACGUUUUAGAGACACUAUUUUCUUAAAUUAUUGGGCCAUGGUGUUUGUAAAGGAUGUAGAAUUUCUUUUUUGAUUUCAUUAUGGUUUUAUUUGUCUUUUUGUGCUGUUAUUUUUUUUCGCAAUGUUUUAAUUGUUUGUGGUUUUUCUUAAUUUUUUUCACCAUAGGAUAUUUUUAGCUUUCUUGUUUUAACAAAGAUAAAAAAAAUUAAAAAAGAUAGAAUUUUUUUUUUAUUUUCAAAGUGCUGGGAUACAUGUAUUUGUAGGAAUAAUGAUAAUGAUAAUAAUAAUAAUUAUAAUAUAUCUCUUUAUAAUGAAUAAUUAAACAGCUCUUUGAUUUUUAAGCACAAGUAUUAGAGUGAUGUGCCCUGAUUAAAGAACUCACAUAUUGAACAUCUUAUACAGCAUUGAUCAAGAAGACUGUUAAAAAAACAAAUACUAAUAUAAAUGGUGCUGUAAGGUUUUUUUGUUUAUAUCACACAAAUUAAAAAGUAUUUAAUUUAUUCAUGACCAUUUUCCACACUGAAAACAACACAACAACAUGCUCUAAAAUGUUCUACACAAACUGUUAAAAUCUGACUGUAAAAUGAUGAGGAUGACCAUGUUAAAAAUAAACCAGACAUCCGUUUCCAUGCUUCGGAAUGAUACGCUGAGUGUAGGUCCUACACACAUCUUGGAAAAGAACAAGGUUUGGCAGACUUUCCACAUCAUACUUCUAUCAUAGUUAUUCUGGUGUUUAAUACCAGUCAACUUCCUCCUUAUUACUUCAUGUGACAGGCCAAGGUUCUUGAAGUGGGUGGGUACUCACCGGUAUGCAGUACCUGCACUUCUCUAAUUUAGUCAACAGAGUACCUGCAGUUUUUCUGGGUCUGAGUCUCCCGGUACUUUGUCAUUUUUUUAUUUUAUGUAAUACAGUGGAUGAUUUGAUACAGCCCGCCAAUUUACCUGAUGGAUUUUGAUAUAAUUCACAUUCUAAACAUCUGAGCACUCUCUGCGCAAAACUUAGCAGCGAGUUUAACAACAUUCAGCGGUACAUGAAUCAACAUCAGUGGAGCGUUUGCGUUUAACCUUGUCUGAGCUUA